AUGGCGCCUAAGGUCCGCUCCGACAACCAGGAAGUCUCGCUCGGCCCCAACGUCGACGACGGCAAGAUCGUUUUUGGUGUGGCCCACAUCUACGCCAGCUUCAAUGAUACCUUUGUCCAUGUAACUGAUCUCACCGGCAAGGAAACCAUUGUCCGUGUUACUGGUGGUAUGAAGGUUAAGGCCGACCGCGACGAGUCGUCGCCGUACGCUGCGAUGCUUGCUGCUCAGGACUGCGCUGCUCGCUGCAAGGAGGUCGGUAUCACGGCUGUGCACAUUCGCAUCCGCGCUACGGGUGGUGUGGGCUCGAAGACCCCUGGCCCUGGUGCUCAGAGUGCUCUGCGUGCGCUGGCCCGCGCUGGUAUGCGCAUCGGCCGCAUUGAGGAUGUGACUCCCGUCCCCUCCGACUCAACCCGCCGCAAGGGUGGUCGCCGUGGUCGCCGUCUGUAA